AUGCGGGCAUUCAAGAAUCGAUUGGUAUACCGCGUGGGCCUAUUAAAGGAUGUUGCAUGUUUGGAAAGUAACAAUCAAACCUAUGUUUUACUCUUGGUAUUCUUUAUUGGUAAAGCCGUAGCACUUGUCGUGCGGCUAUUUAAACUUGAUAUGCAAGUUAAAAAGAGAAACGCCGUAAUAACUUAUAAGUCGAUAACCCUAACGGAGAUGGAAAGAUUCUACAAAAUAGAAUCUGGCAAGCAUCGGGCGAUUUUUCAUAAAGGCAAAAUUCCGGGAAUUAGCAAUGUUCCUAAACCGACUAUUUGGGAGAGCUUGCGAAAAAAACAAUCGUUCAAGGGAUUCGGUUUUUUUCUGUCAGACGAGUAUACAAAGUGGACAGAAUGAGAAUAAGAAGAAUCCCAUUCUGAAAAGUAUAUUGGUGUACAUUAUCCCAAAUAACCUUUCACAAAGCAUUCCAGCAUUGAUAAUAAAUUUACUGGAAGAUAUAGAUGCUUUGAACUAGCUUUGGAGCGAUGAUGUAGUACAACACCGAGUGGAGAGGGAGAAUCCGACGACCUUAACAAGCUGAAAAUGGAAGUGUAAUGAUAGGGCUUAUGGAAAUAUCAGGAAAUUUCGGAAGGAAUUAUGGGCAAAGUCUAUUGGAUAUACAUACCAGUUUGGUGCCGAUCAGCGUGGAGAAAAAUUAGACCGCCAGAGGAGCAUGAUUUGAAUAGAGGUUUCCAGUUAAUGCCAGCUAAACUCAAGGGAUCCAGGUGGUAUAGUGAAUAACUAAUUGUGAUGAUAAAAUACGAAGACAGUAAAUAUAAUUGUAUGCAAUGAGUUGUAAUAAACACGACAAACAAUUAUGGGUUC